UCGCUGGGAGGAGAGAGACACUGGGUACUCACCCACUCAUUCGAAUCAGAUAGCGGAGAGCUCACAACCACCACCUCUCCCUAUCUUGGACAAAGCAUAACUGGACAUCCCUUCGCCCAGGAGAAGCGGUGCAAUUUCAUCGAAGAGCUCACGCGUAAAGCAUUUUUUUCUCAAUUACAAAUCCCAGGUCCGUGAGGUGUGUGCAAUCGCUCCCAGCAGAAGGAUGAGCAGCUUUGAUUUGGUUGAGCUGCUGGACACUUGGGAGGACCUGAACCUCACAGGCCUCCUGGAGAACGGGACGCGUGUGGAGAUGGUCGGGUGUCCAACAGCGUUCGACCGCAGCGCCCUGCUCCACUCCAUGUGCAUCCUUUAUAUCUUCAUCUUCGUGGUCGGUUUGGCCGCCAACGGCCUCGUCCUCUGGGUCAAUGUCCGCUCCCAGCGCACCACCUCCAGCUCCUCCCCUCGCCAUGAGACCCACCUCUACAUCGCCCACCUGGCGGCGGCUGACCUGUGCGUGUGCGUCACGCUGCCCGUGUGGGUGAGUUCCCUGGCGCAGCAUGGCCACUGGCCCUUCGGCGAGGUGGCGUGUAAGCUCACCCACCUGCUCUUCUCUGUUAACCUCUUCAGCUCCAUCUUCUUYCUGGCCUGUAUGAGUGUCGACCGCUACCUGAGCGUGACACGGCCCGCCGACAGUGAGGAUGGGGGCCGACGCCGGAAGCUGAUUCGCCGCAGCGUGUGCGUAGGGGUGUGGCUCCUGGCUCUGGUGGCCUCCCUGCCCGAUACCUACUUCCUCAAGGCGGUGAGGUCAUCACACGGGGAGGUAGUGCUGUGCAGGCCGGUGUACCCAGAGGAACACUCCAGGGAGUGGAUGGUGGGAGUUCAGCUGAGCUUCAUCCUGCUUGGUUUCGUCCUACCCUUCCCUGUCAUCGCUCUGGCCUAUGCCCUCCUGGCCCAAGCCCUCUCCUCCACCUCCUGUUCCUCCUCGGCGAUGGAGCAGGAGCGUCGUGUGAGUCGCAGGGUGAUCCUGGCCUAUACCGUGGUAUUCCUGGGCUGCUGGGGGCCCUACCACGGAGUGCUCCUGGCCGAUGCCCUCUCCCUGCUGGGCCUGGUUCCUCUGAGCUGUGGGCUGGAGAACGCCCUCUACGUGGCCCUGCACCUCACCCAGUGUCUGUCCCUGCUCCACUGCUGCUUCAACCCCAUCCUAUACAACUUCAUCAACAGGAACUAUCGCUAUGACCUGAUGAAGGCCUUUAUCUUUAAGUACUCAACACGUACAGGCCUGACCAGGCUCAUAGAGCAGCCCCACAUCUCUGAGACGGAGUACUCUGCAGUCGCCGUGGAGAACCCACCACAGAUCUGAGUCUGAACUCUAGAGCACACCCUGGAACUUCAAAACACACCACAGAACUCUAGAACAUAGUCUGUCUACCUGACCCAAAAUGAUUGAAAAUACCUAAAAUGCAGUAACCCAUGAUAACCUAUAUAGGCUAAAUUUGGGCCCUCACAAAGAACAAAAUGAAAUAUGUGUCUUAAUAACUAGAGCAUAACAAAUAACCUUGCCCAAAGCCUAGGCUGUACAGAAACUUCAUCGCUGCCACAAGUAUGUGUGCCCUCAUCUGAAGCAAACCAAACAUUAUUUAUAAUCCAGCAUUCCCCUCACAGAAGCUACCUGUGUAUUUCUCCUGCUACCGUGCGUUCCUAAUAAGGAUGGUGUGAGGGACUGCAGUUGCAGGCCAUUAUCAACUCAAACUAAUGAUGUCUGGAGAAAAGCACUUAUAUUGAGUGGAAGAGUAGGUUCUCUGUCUGACAAACAGACUGUUUUAAAGUGCUUCUGAAGUAGUGCCAUUGUAGUCAUGGCGACACAGACACUCUCUCUCAAUCUCUCUCUCUACUUCAAGACAUACCAAUCCCCGUUUGUCUGUCUGAAGAGUCCUAUAUAACUGCUAGAGGUGUGUGUAUGUGCGUUAGUGCGUGUGUGUGUGUGCUUGUGUGACACCUCAAAAUCCACUUUGUAAAUAGUUAGAAGGGCAUUGAAAUACAUAUAUUAUAAUUGUUAGAUUGUUAUUAUUCAACUUUCUAUAYACUGUAUUUUUGUACAUAUUAUAAAAUACUUUCAAAUUUG